UCUCAUCGCGACGCACUCAUAUCUCAGCAACAUACUCACGACAACCUCCUCUCAACAUCACCCAGUCAACAGAUUCAUAGAUACAAGACAACGAGAAACCUAAGCGGCGACAUGGGGAUAUUCGCGAAGCGCACAAAGACCAAAACUCGGCGGCGGGUUCGCGACAUCGACCAGAUCCAGGCCGAUCUGCUGUCUCCAAAACACCUCCAGCAGUACAAAGAGACCAAGGCUGCCGAGGACUUGCCCGGUCUCGGGCGACAUUACUGCAUCGAAUGUGCCAAAUGGUUUGAAACCGAAACCAGUCUUGUGCUUCACAGGAAGGGCAAGCCUCACAAGAGGAGGCUCAAGCAGCUGCGUGAGGGACCGUACACGCACGAAGAGGCGGCUGCCGCCGUGGGCUUCAGGAUAGACAAUGGCCCGGAGAAGACGAAGUCACAGGAGAUUGAGAUGUCAUGAACAAGCACCCCUGGGGUUUGCCUCGACGCCCGCAGGGAAGGUGCAGAGACUGGGCUCUAGGCACAUGUCCAGAUAUGAAGUCAGCAUAUACAGGCGUUUGGGGAACGGAUAACAACGGGGCGUUAGGUUCUAGGGAAAACAGAGAUAGAAAGAUGGUUUCUUCUGUCCAGCCGUGUGCCUCUGCAUGUCACCUAAGUUUGAGAUUAAAACAGGAAAUUGGCGGCCAGCACGCUGUCUCCCGAGGCAGGGCGAGUGUUUGAUGGACACAUUACCGUUGAUUCGUAGGUAUGCAGUUAUCAGU